AGUGUAUUUAUUGCAGCUUGAUAAUAAUUCAAGUCGAUCUCAACUCGUAGCUCAAAGUUCAAUAUACAAUUAUCCCGUUAUACUUUGAAAGUUUUCCAUCCGAACGAAUCGCAUAUCACCGAUUUUCCGAAGACUCGGAACGCUAUAUUAACAAGAAGUAUUAAAUACGUGGAUAAGAUACCGAAUUGGGAACGGUGAAAGUAACGUUUCAGACGAAUCUAAUCGAAUUCCGCGCCGAUUUCAUCUUCUGGAUGAUCGAGUGUCACGUGACUCGAGAUUAGCCGAACGAAGCGACGAAGGUACCGAAGUUAUAAAUAACGGCUACCAGAGGGUGGGGAGUCUCUUUCACUUUCUACUUCUACACUGUACCAUAGUGCAUUUGCUCCGCGCUCGCCUGGCUGUUACGUUGUGUGCUGUGCUGGUGUAGGGUUGGCUCGUGCGAAACCAAAGUAGGGUAUAGACUGAACUUAGGACCCGACUUCCUCGCUUUCUUCAACUAUUAACGACGUCAGACAAACUGAACGUGUCAGCAGAGUUGCAACACGUGGCGGAAGCAUUUGAGCGUAGACGAAAGAAACCAAAAGCUGUAUCCACGAUCACGAAAAGAAAGAAAAUGCCGGAGACCGCUCAUCACAUGAAUGGAUACGCUAACGGGCACACGCCGCCCGAGCUACAACAGGAUACCAGUUUCCUUUUUACUUCAGAAUCCGUCGGCGAAGGCCAUCCAGAUAAAAUGUGUGAUCAAAUAAGUGAUGCAAUUUUAGAUGCACAUUUAAAACAAGAUCCUGAUGCAAAAGUGGCUUGUGAAACUGUGACAAAAACAGGAAUGAUACUGUUAUGUGGAGAAAUAACAUCAAAAGCUGUGGUAGACUAUCAAAAAAUUGUUCGGGAUACUGUUAAGCACAUUGGAUAUGAUGAUUCUUCAAAAGGAUUCGAUUGGCGUACGUUGAACCUUUUGGUGGCGAUCGAACAACAAUCUCCAAAUAUCGCUGAUGGUGUUCAUGUGGACAGGGAAGAGAAGGACGUGGGUGCAGGUGAUCAGGGUCUGAUGUUUGGAUAUGCAACGGAUGAAACUGAUGAAUGUAUGCCCUUAACUGUUGUAUUAGCACACAAGUUAAACCAAAAAAUAGCAGAAUUAAGACGAAGUGGUGAAUUAUGGUGGGCAAGACCAGAUUCAAAAACACAGGUCACUUGCGAGUACGUAAUGGAUCGUGGUGCCUGCGUACCUAUAAGAGUUCAUACAGUGGUUGUAUCAUUACAACAUAGUGAAAAAAUUGGCUUGGAAGAAUUACGCAAAGCAGUCAUGGAGAAGGUUAUCAAAGAAGUUAUUCCAGCAAGGUAUCUAGAUGAUAGAACGAUCUUCCAUGUUAAUCCUUGUGGAUUGUUUAUUAUUGGUGGUCCACAGAGUGAUGCUGGUCUGACUGGUCGCAAAAUAAUAGUCGAUACAUAUGGUGGUUGGGGAGCUCAUGGUGGUGGUGCAUUUUCUGGUAAAGAUUUCACAAAAGUUGAUAGAUCUGCUGCUUAUGCAGCGAGAUGGGUUGCUAAAUCUUUAGUGAAAGCUGGUCUUUGCAGACGAUGCCUUGUACAGGUUUCUUACGCUAUUGGAGUAGCAGAACCUCUUUCAAUCACAGUUUUUGAUUAUGGUACUUCUAAAUUAUCUCAACACGAACUUCUAGGUAUAGUCAAUAAAAAUUUCGAUUUACGACCUGGGAAAAUCGUUAAGGAGCUGAAUCUUCGUAACCCCAUUUAUCAGCAAACUAGUACUUACGGACAUUUUGGCCGAGAAGGAUUCACUUGGGAACAACCAAAAACUCUAAUUCUCGAUUGAUGAGAGCAUAGAUCCUAAAUCAGUUUGACGUUUCUUAUUGUAAAACGUCUAUCAAGUUGUUCUCAAUAAUCAUAUAUCUCGUAAAUGUUUUCCGAGAUUUUCCGACCUCCGCGUUACUUCGCCGAGUCCAUCAAUUCCUUUUGCCAAUUUAGUACUAGCCGGAAAAAUGACAUAUUAGAUUUUUCCAUCAUGAAGUUCUUGGUAUUAUGCGAUAUAGUACAAAUUUUUUUGAUCCAGCAUAUAAGCAAGAGCAAUUUUUUUUCUUACUAUUCGCAAACUGAGUUGAUGUUCAUCAAACAUUAGAUAUAAUGAAACUAUCGGCAAAGGGAAAGGUGAACUAAGCCUGUAUGAGUCUGUUACACGUGUACUUGUAACAGUCACGUAAGAUUGUUUAUUUACCAGUGAUACAACUCAUUACCAUGGCUUGUAAGCAGUGUGUGUUGGAAGUUACAAUAGUAAAAGAACAAUAAUACUUGGAAUGAUAAACAUUCUGUAUUUGGAAAAUGUAUAAAUUGGCAACAUCAGGCCAGGGCGUGCCUGUAAACAAACAUUUGAGAUGAAAAUAUCUCAAAUUUUUAGCAAUGUUUUAGUACUAUGUAUAAAUGUACAUGAAAGACCAAUUUGCUUUUAAAAUACUAACAUAACAUUUUAAUACCUUGUGUUCAUCUAUUCUAGCAAGUCUCGUUAAUAGUAACUAUGCUUUCAUGUACGUUUGUUCAUUAGAAUUAUUUAUCAUUCGAGUGCAAAUAUAAAAUGGUAAUAACUAUGUACAUUAACUUUUAGCAAAGUGGGGAAACGAAGCAAUUAAAGUGACCAAUUACAAACGAAGUUUCUUUUCAUAUUGUUUAAAACUUUCAUGACAUAAUUCAAUAUAAUGACGAGGAGAAUAAUAUCGCAUUUAUUUAAAUCUUCUUAAUUAAAGCACUACAAAUUUUUCAAUUACGUUUGAAUUUAGGUAAUUGCGAUACUACUAUCUCUCAUAUAUUUAUAUAUACAUACAUGCAUUUUCCCUCUUUGCUUCGUUUGAAUAGAUAAUUAUAAUAAAUAUUAUCGAUCUUGCAACUGUAUAGCAGAUAAUGCAAAAUCAAAUGUUAGACCUUAUUUUAUGGAGGUCUAGUGCAGGUUGCGUAGCGGAACUCGAAAAUUAUACGAUUUUUCCAAGUUGUAGUGCGAAGAUCUGUAACACUAUCGUAUUUUAAAUCAACAAAAAUGUAAAUGAAAUUUAGUAAAUUCGUUCCAUUAGAUUGAUGUAACGAUCUAUCGUGUAAUGGUAUUGGCAGUGUAAAGAUGCACAAAAUCAUUAUAUGCAAAUCAUAAUAAAAAGGAUUUUUUAAUAAAA